CAAUUCAAUCAAUUUGACUUUUAUAAUUUAUUGAAGGCAGAAACGAAAAAAAUUAAUACUUUUCAAUAUGUUAAAUUUUGAAAAAAUUUGUAGAACAUGUUCAUCAGAAGGUGAAUUACAAUCUCUAUUCAACGAAGAUACUAUAAAAAUAGCAGAUAUGUUAACUGAAAUCGUUGAAAUUAAGGUAAACGAAAAUGAUAAUUAUCCACAAAAGAUAUGUACAAUUUGUUUGGAGCAAUUAGUUUCCGCCUAUAAUUUUAAACAACAAUGUCAUGAUGCUCAUCAAAAAUUUAUAGAAUAUUACAAUGUUAGCGUUAAAAAUGAAAUUACCAUUGAAGAAAAUGAUAUUAAAACAGAAGAUGCCCAUUAUUUUAUUUUAGAAGAUAAUUUUGAUGAGAAUUCAGAAAGUAAAUACAGCUACGACGAAACUAAAUUAACGACAGAAGAAGAAUCAGAAAUUAAACUUGAAGAAGAGAAAACAACUAAAAGAAAAACGAAAGUAUGCGAAAUCUGCAAUAAAAGUGUGACCAAAUUAUAUGAACAUAUGCGAACACAUACCAAUGAAAAACCAUACAAAUGUGAAACAUGUCAACGAGAAUUUUCAGUAAGUUCCACUUAUAAGCUACAUUUAAACACGCAUACGGGGGAAAAACCUCAUGUUUGUGAAAUUUGUGAACGUAGAUUUAUGCGUCGAUACCGUUUAAUGCAACAUCUACGCACACAUGAUCCACAAUUUAACACAAAAGAAAAAGUUGCUAAAAAAAGAUCACAUUUAUGUAAUUAUUGUGGAAAAGGCUUUACGACACGACAAAAAUUAAAAUAUCAUAUAAAUAUACACACCAACGAGAGACCCUAUAAAUGUAAACUUUGUGAAAAGUCAUUUAAUCAAUGGACCUCGUUAAGCGCCCAUCAAAAUACGCAUACGGGGUUAAAACGUUUUAAAUGCACGUAUUGUGACAGACAAUUUGCAUUAAAAUCAACCCUAAAAACUCAUGAAGUCAUUCAUACGGGGGCUCAACCGUUUGAAUGUAAUAUUUGUAAUCAAAAAUUUCGAAUAAAAAACAAUUUAAUCCAACAUAGUUUAACAACUCACGAUGUGGCAAUGAGGUCAGAUGAUAUUCAUGGUGAAAAACCAUAUAAAUGUGAUCUUUGUGAGAAAUUUUUUAUAAGUAAAUUUACACUGAAUCAACAUCAAUUCGUUCAUACGGGGGAAAGACCCUAUAAAUGUGAACAUUGUGAGAAAACCUUUGCACAAAGAGGUACACUGGAUCAACAUAAAUCAGUUCACACAGGUGAAAAACCAUUUCAAUGUGAGACUUGUCAUCAAUGUUUUCGAUUAGCUUUGCAUUUAAAAAAUCAUAUUCGUACUCAUACGGGGGAAAAACCCUACAAAUGUGAUUUUUGUGAGAAAAAAUUUGCAUUGAAACAUAAUUUAACGAUACAUAGACGUGCUCAUACGGGGGAAACACCGUUUGUGUGUUCGGUUUGUAAUAAAGGAUUUUAUGAUUCAAGUAGUAUGAAAAAACAUGAGAGAAAACAUUUAUUAACGGAAAAAAGGUUGGUUGAAGAUGUUAAAGUAAAAUAGUAGGCGCUUGACUGAUUAGUUAUUACUUA